AGAGCCCAUUAUCUGUCAUAACAAAUAUUUAUCUUUUUCAUCAGUCAAUUACAUCAACAAAAACAGAAGCUCACAUUUAACAAGCAGGAAGCCAUGGCCAAUAAUAGUUCCCAGAAGAGUAAUCAACUCAGGCGUCCUUCCCCAGAAGGAAGCGUCUAUCUUCCAGAUGCCGAGGGUGAUAGGAUCACCUCAGAAUCCCAGGUUAGCUACAAGGAGACCAGGUAUCCCCAGGAAUGUGCGGAGCCUGACUUGUGGAAGAAAAUGGAAGAAAUGCAGGAUAUCAGAAAACUCAACAGCCUGUUUGAGGCCCAUAGGUACCAGGCAGACGUUAAGGCACAUAUCAAGGGGAAGAAACCUAUCGCGUUGCAGAUGCGAGAGGAGAAAUUAAAGGAGAAAAAAGGGUUGAUAGAAUAUGAGCCACAGAAAUAUAGGCGCUUAAAUGACUACAAGGAGACCAGGUAUCCUCAGCAAUGUGCAGAUCCUGACCCUUGGAAGAAAAUGGAAGGAAUGCAGGACAUCACCAAACUCAACAGCCUGUUUGAGGCCCAUAGGUACCAGGCAGACGUUAAAGCACAUAUAAAGGUUGAGAAACCUAUUGCGUUGCAGUUGCGAGAGGAGAAACUUAAGGAGAAGAAAGGGUUGAUAGAGUAUGAGCAGCAGAGAUAUAGGCGCCUAAAUGACUACAAGGAGACCAGGUAUCCCCAGGAAUGUGCGGACUCUGACUUGUGGAAGAAAAUGGGCGAAAUGCAGGAUAUCACAAAACUCAACAGCCUGUUUGAGGCCCAUAGGUACCAGGCAGACGUUAAGGCACAUAUCAAGGUGAAGAAACGUAUCAAUUUGCAGUUGCGAGAGGAGAAACUAAAGGAGACAAAAUGGUCGAAUGAAUAUGAGCAGCAGAGAUACAGGCGCUUAAAUGACUACAAGGAAAAGGGGCUGAGGAGCCUCAGUGCUGGAGGGCUCUCUGAUACAGACCUCAGUCAUGCGGAAAAGACAACGAGGCUCGUUGUGCAGAAGACAUCCCUUCGCCCAUCAAGGUUCACACAAAGUCAUAAGAACAUCCUGAGGCCAACCCACUUACCGCCCGUUUCCAAAGCAGCUAAAAUCAACAUAACUGUAUCGAAAUCAACUGGAGGAGGGUCUGGUCCCACCUUUAGAAAGUCUAAUAGCUGCUCUGCCAAUACCAGACACAAAGAGUCACAAUUAUCGGCUUGCAACAGAUCUGCCCCUCCUGUGUACCUGCCACCCAGAAGCUCCAAAUUGGCCUCUAAUUUAAACGCCCCCAACAUUCCAUUUUAUUACUAAUUCCUAUCUUUGUUUCCAGGAGGCAGACAUCCUCUCUACAUUCAAGGUUAGACUUAAAACUUUGAUAAAACUUAUAGUUAUAUACUCUUCCAUGUACUAUACCUUCUCUGCUAGAAAUGUCUUUCUGUUUAUCUUCCAACAUUUCAUUUUUCUUUUGCCUUUAUUACUUAUUCCUAUCAUUCUAUAUUUUCUCCGGUUCAUCCCAGAGUCAAAACAUUUUUAAAGGAGAUUUUGUUUCUGCCAAUUUCUGUAAUCAUAAUAAACAUGCAUAAAUAAAUAAGAAAUUAAACAUGGGUUCAUGACAUGAUGUUCGCAAUUAUGUGGCAUCAGUCGGCAAUACAGAGCGGCUGUGGCUCAGGAGAUAGAGAGUGUGUGUGUCCACGAACCAGAUGGUUGAUGGUUCGAUCUCCAGCUGUCCACGUGCCAAAGUGUCCUUGGACAAGACAUUAACCCUAAAUUGCCUCUGACGGAUUUGUGUGAAUGAUGUGAUAGAAAAAGCUCUGUUCAAUAGAAGCUCUGUAUGAAUGUGUGUGUGAAUAGAAGAACUUGACUUCUGUUAAGUGCUUUGGGUGGUCGAUAAGACUAGAAAAUUGCUAAAUAAUUACAAUCCACUUAUUAACCAUAUACAAUAAAACAGUAAAAAACAGUG